AUGUCGACAAAGGGUCUCCACCGGUUUACGCUAGAGAAAUUCUCUAUGUGCACCGAAGUCGAAUCCGAAAAGCACAUUCUAAAUGAUUCUUUUACAGUUGGUGGCCACCGAUGGGCAUUGGUCGUCUUUCCCGUUUUUCCCCUUCCGCAUACCGAUCGAAGAAAAAAGGCAAUGGCUCCGAAGCAGCCAAACAGUGGUCUAUUUGUGGGUUUGAAGAAGGGCCAUGUUGUUACCCCCAAGGAAUUAGCCCCCCGCCCCUCGGAUAGGAAAGGGAAAACAAGCAAGAGGGUGCAUUUUGCGAGGAGUCUCAUUAGAGAAGUUGCUGGGUUUGCUCCUUAUGAGAAGAGAAUAACCGAGCUUCUUAAAGUUGGAAAGGACAAGCGUGCCCUCAAGGUUGCCAAGAGAAAAUUGGGCACCCACAAGAGGGCAAAAAAGAAGAGAGAGGAGAUGGCUGGUGCUCUUCGCAAGAUGAGGGCUGCUGGAGGUGGCGAAAAGAAGAAGUGA